AUGGAUUUUUGGCUAACAGAUCCCGAUAGAAAUAUUCUUUUUCAACAACAACCUCCAAUUUAUCCAACAGAUCAUCAACAAAUUGAGAGUGAUUCUAUAAUUACAGUAAAUAUCACUGAACGAUAUCAAACAAUGGAUGGAUUUGGUUUUGCAUUAACUGGUGGUAGUGCUUUACAUUUGUAUAAUCUUGAUAAUAGAACACGUGAAUUAAUUUUACAAGAAUUAUUCGGUCUAGAAAAUAAUAGUAUUGGUAUUAGUUAUUUACGUUUAAGUAUUGGAUCUUCAGAUUUAAAUGAAGUAGUCUUUUCUUAUGAUGAUCUUAAUUCAGGUGAAACAGAUGUUAAUAUGACUCAUUUUACAUUAGAUACUGAUCGAAUGUACUUAAUACCUGUACUAAAAGAAAUUUUAACGAUUAAUCCUCAAAUUCAACUUCUAGGUUCACCUUGGUCACCACCAAUCUGGAUGAAAACUAAUCAUAAUAGUGUUGGAGGAAAUCUAUUAACACAAGAUUAUGAUGCUUAUGCACUUUAUUUUGUUCGUUAUAUUCAAGAGAUGCAAAAGGAAGGCAUUCAAAUUGAUGCAAUCACUAUUCAAAAUGAACCUCUAUAUGGAGGAAAUAAUCCAUCAAUGGUUAUGCAGCCAGAAGAGGAAGCUAAUUUUAUAAAAAAUUAUUUAGGUCCAGCAUUUCGUAAAAAUUCUAUAGAAACUAGAAUCAUCAUUUAUGAUCAUAAUCCAGAUCGAAUUGAUUAUCCAAUAACAGUUCUUGCAGAUCAACAAGCAAGAGAAUAUAUAGAUGGAUCUGCAUUUCAUAUGUAUGGCGGUAGUAUUGAUGCUUUAUCUGAUGUUCAUAAUGCUCAUCCAGAUAAAAAUAUUUAUUUUACUGAACAAUGGAUUAGUGCACCUGGAUAUUUAAAAGGCGAUUUAGGUUGGCAUGUUAAAACCUUAAUUGUUGGUGCAACAAGAAACUGGGCACGAAAUGUUCUUGAAUGGAAUUUGGCAUCAAAUUCUCAAUUAGAACCCCAUACACCGGGUGGAUGUGAUCGAUGUUUAGGUGGAAUAACUAUUGAUGGAAAUGUUGUACGAUCACCAAGAAAUCCAGGUUAUUAUGUAAUUGCACAUGCAGCUAAAUUUGUUCGACCCAAUUCCGUAAGAAUUGAUUCAAAUGUUGUUUCAAACUUAGCAAAUGUUGCUUUUGAACGGAGUGAAGAUGGAAAAAGAGUUUUAAUUGUUCUCAAUGAAAUUGAUCAGGGACAAACAACUAUUGAAAUUCAUUCUGAUGAUAAAGUUUAUCAAGUUUCACUUAAUGGUGGAAGUGUUGGAACAUUUAUUUGGUAA